CUCUCACUCAAGGUAGAUCUCAUUUUGUUUGAAACUGGAUACAGUUGUAACCAAACCACACACCCACGAGAGGGUAUGAUGGCUAAGAAGCCCCCGAAACCAGCCCCUCGAAGGAUCUUCCAAGAGAGGUUAAAGAUUACUGCUCUACCUUUAUACUUUGAAGGUUUUUUAUUAGUCAAGCGCUCAGAAUACCAGGAAUAUAAACAAUAUUGGACAGAGUUGAGAGGAACUACCCUUUUCUUUUAUAAUGACAAAAAAAGCACAAUAUAUGUUGACAAGCUAGACAUAAUAGACCUCACAUGCCUUAAUGAGCAGAAUUCAACUGAUAAAAAUUGUGCAAAAUUCACCCUUGUUUUGCCAAAAGAAGAAGUGCAACUGAAGACGGAGAACACAGAGAGUGGGGAAGAAUGGAGAGGCUUCAUUCUUACAAUAACAGAGCUGUCAGUUCCCCAACAUGUGUCACUCCUUCCUGGACAAGUAAUUAGACUGCACGAAGUCUUAGAGAAAGAAAAGAAAAGGAGGAUUGAGACAGAGCGGCUGUCAAGUACAUCUCCGGAAGAAGAGAGGGAACCAAUAGAGGAUUAUGUGGAUGUACUGAACCCUAUGCCAGCAUGUUUCUAUGCUGUGUCUCGAAAAGAAGCAACUGAGAUGCUUGAGAAGAAUCCUUCAUUGGGAAAUAUGAUCCUGAGGCCUGGUAGUGACAGCAGAAACUUCUCCAUCACUAUCCGGCAGGAGAUAGACAUGCCAAGAAUCAAGCACUACAAAGUGAUGAGGGUAGGAAAAAGCUACACUAUUGAACUGGAAAAACCUGUAACACUUCCAAACCUUUUUAGCGUCAUUGAUUAUUUCAUGAAGGAGACUCGAGGAAAUUUACGACCAUUUAUAUAUUCAACUGAUGAAAACCUUGGCCAAGAACCCAUGAUAGAAGGGCAAAGAGAGAAGUUGAAGAAACAUCUACAUACUGCAUGAAAUAAAAUGGGGAAACCAUUUUUAUGAAUCUUGAUAAGUGUAAAAGACAAAUAACUGGGACUUUCCCAGAACUAACCAAAGACACAAAUCUAGAUUCAAAGAGCUGGGAAAAAAACCACACACAAACAAACCCCGAACAGGAUUAAUAAA